AUGAAAACAAACCCAGGAUCAGUUGUAGAAUUAAAAAUAUCAGAGGGGAAUACAUUUCAAUCUGUUUUCAUAGCUCUGAAUGCAUCCAUAAAGGGGUGGAAUUUUUGUAGACCGGUAAUUGUAGUUGAUGGGACUUUUUUAAAAUCAACCUACGGAGGAACACUCCUAACUGCAUCUAUUCAAGAUUCUGGAGGUAAGAUAUUCCCACUUGCCUUUUGUGUCGUUGAUUCUGAAAAUGAUGAGUCUUGUCAGUAUUUUUUUGAGAAUAUAAAAGGAGCUUUUGGUGAAAAGGAAAAGCUAUGUAUUGUAUCCGAUAGACAUAAUAGCAUACGUAAGGCUGUAAAUUCAAUAUUUCCUCUUGCUACUCAUGGUGUUUGCGCGUAUCAUCUGUUGUGUAACGUCAAGCGACACUUUAAAACUAAUCCUAAAAAUCCUAAGAGUUUGAAGGAUUGCUUUUUUGGGGCUGCAAAGGCAUACACUACUAAAAGUUUUGAUUAUUUCAUGGGAGAACUAGAUAGUAUAAACGUCGGAAUACGACCAUACCUUGAUGAUAUUGGGUUCGAAACGUGGGCAAGAGCACAUUCAACUGAUAACAUGUAUUUCACGAUGACAUCGAAUAUCGCUGAGUCUAUUAAUGCAACAAUAAAAUCAGCAAGGGAAUUACCUAUUGCAACACUUCUAGAGUAUUUGAGAGUUUUGGUUCAAGAAUGGAGCUACAAAAAUAGAAAUUUAGCUUCUUAUACUAUGACCAAGCUUACAAGUAAGGCAGAAGAAGCCCUUAGUGAUAAUUAUGCCAUAUCUCGAAGAAUGAAGGUUAUUCCAUCGGUAACAUCUAUAUAUAGUGUGGAAGACGGCGACAAAACUUUAAUAGUACAUCUCAUUGAAAAGACGUGUACUUGUUGUAAAUUUCAAAAAGAUGAGCUACCGUGUGCACAUGCAAUUGCAAUCUUUGGCAAGUACCACAUGGAUCCCUAUCAAUACUGUUCUGAUUUUUUCACAAAAGAGAAUCUAGUUAAAAUAUAUGAGGCUAUUGUUUAUCCGAUGCCCAGCCAAAGCGAUUGGGAUGAGACAGAAGAAAUUGAAACUAUUGAAGUACUUCCUCCGAUUGGAAAGAUUCCACCUGGAAGGCCUAAGAAACAAAGAAUUAAGGGAGCUUCGGAAGGACGUGGUAAAUAUAAAUGUAGCAAAUGUGGAAAACGGGGACAUAACUAG